GCAGAGACCGACCCCAGGAUGGUCAGGAACCCGAGAGGCGAGGGGUGUUUCCACAUGCUGGUGGCUGGCGAUCAGGUCCAGACUUUCCAGUCGCCUGGGUACCCCGACAUGUACCCUCCCAAAGUGAGGUGCCAGUGGCAGAUCCGGGCGCCCCAGGGCACUGCCAUCCACCUCUCCUUCCCUUUCUUCCACGUGGAGGACGACUGCAAGAGUGACUUCGUCUUCAUCUACGACUCGCUGAGCCCCGACGAGUCGCAGGCCAUCACGAAGCAGUGUGGUCAGCGCCCACCUAGCAACCCCCUGGAAGUGAUCUCCUCCACGAACAUCAUGCUGGUCAACCUCAUCUCAGACGGUGACAUCCAGAGGCCGGGAUUCACUGCAGAGUACAAGCGCAUCCCGCUGACCACAGUGUGCAGUGAGGUUCUGAAAAACCCGAAUGGGAGCAUCAGCUCUCCGCACUACCCCAGCUUCUAUCCCCCGUCCCUGGACUGCAAGUGGACCAUCGAGGUUCCCGUAGGAAUGAAGAUCCGUCUGAAGUUCGACAUGUUCCGGCUGAAGGAGCCCGGUGUGGACACGCGGCUCUGCCAGAAGGACUAUGUCGAGAUCCUGGGGAGGAACUGUUGUCUGCGCCCUGUAAUCGGAGUCUCUGCACUCUCUCCUUCUCCCUGUCCCUCUCUCCGAGCAGCUUGUCCUGGGCAGUUUGCCUGCACGUCUGGGAUCUGUAUUGCCAAGGAGCUGAAGUGCGAUGGCUGGAAUGACUGUGGGGACAUGAGCGACGAAGUCAAGUGCAGCUGCGACGCCGACCAGUUUUCCUGCGCCAACGGGAUGUGCAAGCCGAAGUACUGGGUGUGCGACCACGUCAACGACUGCGGGGACAACAGCGACGAGAGAGGCUGCAGCUGCGAGCCGAGCGAGAUGAAGUGUGGGGACGGCAGGUGCAUCAGCCUGGACAUGAAGUGUAACGGCGUGAAGGACUGCUCGGACGGCAGCGACGAGGCCUCCUGCGAGAAGGGCGCGUCCCCGGAGACGGACGUGUGCACCGAGUUCUCCUUCAAGUGCAAGAGCGGCCAGUGUGUGAGCAAGUCCAACGCCGAGUGCGACCAGGUCCAGGACUGCUCGGACGGCUCGGACGAGGAGAGCUGCGACUGUGGGAAACGACCCUACAAGCACAACCGGAUUGUGGGGGGCACGGACGCCGACAUCGGGGAGUGGCCCUGGCAGGUCAGCCUCCACUUCAUGACCAAUGGCCACGUGUGCGGGGCCUCCAUCCUGUCCGAGACCUGGCUGCUGUCGGCCGCCCACUGCUUCCAGACCUCGCGGCCGGAUGGAGUGUCCAGUCAGUGUGUAUUAACCCCUCUCUCUGCAGGCCGUGUGUCCCAGAUCCUCCAGAAGGCGGAGGUGAAGAUCAUCAAUGACACCGUGUGCAACCUGGUGACAGAAGGACAGGUGACGUCGCGGAUGAUGUGCAGCGGCUACCUGGCUGGUGGUGUAGAUGCCUGCCAGGGAGACUCCGGAGGUCCGCUGGUGUGCCGAGAGGACAGUGGGAAGUGGUUCCAAGCUGGGGUAGUGAGCUGGGGUGAGGGCUGCGCCCGCAAGAACAAGCCUGGCGUCUACACCCGCGUCACCAAGCUGCGCGACUGGAUCCGGGAGCUGACCAGGAUCUAGAGCAUGGGGAGGGGCUGGGGGGGCCGGGCGGGCUGAGGGAUGGAGCUCAAGGCCAGCAGAGUCUUUCCGGGGAUGAAAUCGGGAAAAUCCUCACCUGCUUCCAGCUGGGAGGAGGAAUAUUUGUCACUGCGUCUCCCUGCGCAGAGAACUUCCCAGCUGGAAAUCCAGGAAGCCUCCGGACUUGAGCACAGUGCAGCCCACGUCUGCCUGAUCCACCCAGCCUCCCUCGGCGUGCAAGGUUGGUCACGGGUUUCCUCCAGCAGUUCCAGGGCUCUGUUCAUUCCGAAAGGGAAUAGCUCCGUGCUGAUGAAGGAUCCGCCUCUGCAAGACCGCUCGAGCAGGGAGAAAGGGCUCUUUGCAGCUGCGGGAGGGAUGUGUGCUGGUGUCGCCCUGCAACAUCAUGCUGUCACUUGUGGACAUCCGACCUAGUCCGCUCCUACUGAAGACUGCCCUCCCAUCCGGUCUCAUUAUUCCCUUUCCAUUUCUAAUACCUUUCCUGUUCGCUGUACUUGUUCCAUUUCCAUCUGCUCUGGAGACAGAGAAUCCCAGGAUUUGUUGUGUCAUCGGGGCCAAUGUUGCCUCCUUCCGAACGCUCCGUUUUGGCAGGGCUGGGUGUGCAGUUCAGGUGAGAGAGCGUUAAUCGCUUCCACAAGAACGCAUCUUCGUUUUCCUCGUGUCUUCUCUGAAACCAGCCGUGCGCCUGUGUCCUGUAUUUAGUGCCUUCGGGGAACGGUGAUGGGAGAACAGGGGGCAGGGUGGGGCUUGUGUUUCUGUAUAUAUACUGGAUGUGUACAGUUUUUAAUGAGAUUUUGUUUUUGUCUGUCUUAUCGGCUCAAAGUAAAAUGUAUUGUAACAUAAAGAUGGAAAUAUUUUAAACUU